AUGACAGCACCUGUAGACGAUGCCGCCGUGGUCUUUGCGGAACUUGGAGACCUGGAAAAAGAGUUUGCGCAAGUCGAACUCGACGCCUUGCGAAGAAAGGAGUACGCUUUGAAACCUCUCUAUUCCAAGCGUGAGACGCUGCUCAACAGCGUGCCUGACUUCUGGCCCACAGUCUUUGGGAAUGGCCCGGAAGAAAUCCAACAGUUUCUAUCACCCGACGACCUUGCACUCAUCUCUGUUAUCACCUCGUUCUCCGUCGAGCGAUACCAGAUCGAGUCUGAAACUGCAGGAGAGCCGCGCAGCCUGCGGUUUACGUUCGAAUUUGCCGAGAACGAGUUCAUUGAGGACCGCAAAGUGGUCAAGGAGUUUGAGUACAAGCCUCGAGAGGAUGGCCCCGGCAGUCUGGUGUCUCGACCAGUUCUGAUCAAAUGGAAAGGCAAGAAGAAGGACGUCACACAUGGCUUGCUCGGCGCUGCUGUUGAGCUUUAUGCCGCGGAGGAAGCCCUGAGGCUGAAGAAUGGUGAGACGGAAAUCGACAUUGUGGAGCGGGAGUCGCUGUGGCAGCAUGAAAAGCUGCGAGAGCAGCUGGUCAAGCUGGAUGAAAGCCCUGAGCUAGAACCGAGCUUCUUUAACUGGUUUGGCUUUCGUGGGGCCGUAAAGACCGCAUAUCCCAAGAAGGCGGGGGAGGACAGAGCCAAUGGUGCCGAGGACGAUGAGGACGAAGACGAAGAGCCAAUGUUGGAAGUCGAAAUCUUCCCUGCCGGUGAGGAGUUUGCGAUUGCGCUCGCGGAAGAAGUGUGGCCCGACGCGAUGGACUACUUCAUGUCUGCUCAAGAGGAAUCUUCAUCCUCAUCAGAAGUCAACGGCAUUCUCGUUGAUGAUGGUGAAGACUCGUCGGAAGAUGACGAUGUGCCGGAGUUGGUCGAAGGAGAAAUCGCACCGGAGGUUGAAGCAGAGGAUGCGAGGCCACGCAAACGCCAACGCAACGUCUGA